ACAGAUUCCCAACCUGAAGACACAAACUGAGGUGGAAUCACAGAGAUCAACCACAAAUCAAAGCAAGAAGAUCUGUAACCAGCCCCUUUACAGGCAACCUUUGUAAAGCCAAGAGAGAGAAGACAAGAGCAAAAGACUGAAAAGAGUCAGGUGAGAGGUCAUUGGUGGAACAUCUAAGUACUGUGCAACUCUACAGUUUCACUAAGAGCAAGUUGCAAGAUAAAAGCAAAGGAACAGAUUAGUGCCGGUGCUCAAGAGGAAAGAGUAGACGAGUGUUCAGCAGCAACAAGGAGGUACAAGAAGGUUUCCUGGAGGAAGGGCAUCAUGUAUAGACAAGAAAUAACUUCUCAGAUCUCUGCUGUCCACUUCAACAUGUGGUUUUUGACAAUUAUAUGUGUUUCCUGCUUGUUGAUGGGCACUCAAGCACAAAGCAGUGCUAGUUUUCGUAGGGCGAAUGAUCGCAAUGGUCGUUGUCAGUACAGCUUCACGGUGGACAGUCCCACAGAGGUGAGCUGUCCAUCACUAGGUUCAAGCUCUGAGAUGGAGGCCCUGAAGACUCGUCUGAGGCUGCUAGAGGCACUGGUCACUCGACUUGUAGGAGGAGAAGCCGCACCACAGUUAUCACAGGGCUCUGGCUCUCAGUCAGGCCUCCAGGAGGCUUACAACCAGAUGAUGGGGGAGAACACUCAGCUCCAAAAAGAGAAGGAAAGACUGGACAGAAAGGUCCAGGACCUCCAGCAGAGGAUGGAGGAGCUCCAACAGGAGGCUGUGAGGCUAAGGACCAGACCCUGCGUGCAGCAACCUCCUCCCAGAGUGACACAAAAUGACAACAGCUUUAGACCAGGAUCAGGACCUGUCCUCCCUCACCUGGUACCCAGACCUGUGAAUACCCAAGGAGACACAACCCGUUUAACAGAUCCUGUAUGGCAUUAUGAGUCUCCGGGAUAUCAGGAGCUGACAGCCGUGGUAACAGAAGUUUCUGCCUCAAAUCUGGACGGUCCAGCAGAUAUUACAGGCUGUGGUGACCUGGUGUGGGUAGGAGAACCUGAAAUGCAUCGUAAGGCUGAUACUAUUGCUGGUAAGUACGGUGUCUGGAUGAAGGACCCAGAUGCCAAGGAACCUUAUGGUGCAGAGAUGGUAUGGCGAAUUGACGCCGUGGGGUCUGAAGUGCGUCAACUCUUCGGGUAUGAAAACAUGGACCAGCUGACACGUGGCUUCCCAACCAAAGUCCUUCUCCUACCAGAAGCUGUGGAGAGCACUGGCGCCACCAUGUACCAGGGCUCCUUGUACUACCAACGAAGGCUCAGCCGCACACUUCUAAGAUAUGAUCUACUCUCUGAGAACAUUGCUGCCCGUCGUGAUCUUCCCCAUGCUGGCUUCCAUGGUCAGUUCCCCUACUCCUGGGGUGGAUACACAGACAUUGACCUGGCAAUUGAUGAAAACGGUCUCUGGGCCAUCUACAGCACUAACAAAGCCAAGGGUGCCAUUGUGAUCUCCCAGCUGGACCCUCAGAGCUUGGAGGUGAGGGGCACCUGGGAGACCAAAAUCCGCAAGACAUCGGUGGCUAAUGCUUUUAUGAUCUGUGGCAAGUUGUACACAGUCGCUAGUUACACCUCACCAAACACCACAAUAAAUUACAUGUAUGACACUAUGACCAGCCAGAGUAAAGCAAUCUCAGUGCCCUUCAAAAACCGUUAUCGCUACAAUAGCAUGGUAGACUACAACCCAGUGCAGAGAAAGCUAUUUGCUUGGGAUAACUAUUACAUUGUAUCUUAUAAUGUGAGGCUUGGCAAGCAGGAGUAAAGUGUUCAGUGUAAAUUCCAGAUUAACCUGUUUUGUGUUUUGUGAUAUUUUAUCAUGUUUUACCAACCAGUGAGGUAUAGUUGGAUUUACUGAUAUGCAUAGGCAAUGACAGACUCUCAGUAGGACAAGAAUCAACAUUCUAUUCAUGAUGCUGGUGCAAUGUUAAUACCACCAACAGCAGUAAGUAUAUGUAAUGACUAUAUUGCACAUCUUCAGAUUAAGAUAUUAAUUUAUAUUUCUGCAUCUUCAUCGGAGAUGGUCUUCAUGUAUGUUCAAAGAUGAUUCUUUGACCAACAACUUAUAAAAUGUAAUUUCUAAAGUGUCAUGAUAAAUGAAAUUUAGUCAUUUAUAACUCUAACAGGUUUUUAAUAAGGCCACAUUUUCUUCUUCAGUGGAUUUGUCUUCUUAACAUGUUAAUAGAGAAAUUAUUUUUCUACCUUUGUAAGCGAUGUCUUGCCUUUUUAUGUGUUUACCGCACUGAAUACAUGUUCUAAUAAUUAUAAAUGGCAUAUUUUUUUACAGUUAGCCUGCCUCUGAAUUGAUAGAUUGUACAAAGAUGUAAACAACCUCAAAAACUCCAAUAAAAUCUUGAUCUCUGGUG